UGGUGAGCCUGUCCCAGACCACAGCCCAGCCUGCACCCCAAAGCCUGGAGCGAAGCCCGCUGAGCCGUUGACCCGUGGAAUCCAAAGGCUGCUGCUGUGGGUACAUCUGAUCCAGAACGUUUCCGCAAUGGAGGGAGGGACCUGGGUUUGAGUCCCGGCUUGUCACCCACUUACUGAGUGACCUGGGCUGGGCCCGUCCCCUCUUGGAAUCUGUUCUUCGUUUCUGCAGGAAAGUGGUCAGGAGCACACGCUUGGGAGCCGGGCUGGGUUUGUGACUGCCUGGGUGACUCCAGGCAAGCCUCUUGACUGAUGAUUGGCAAGGAUGUUUCCUGCUCUGAAACCGUGUCUUGGAUUCUAGAUUUCCAUGGGACAUUUGAGAAGUCUGGCCAGGACAUGGGAAUCUGAAGGGCGAACGGCUCUGGACCCGGCGCUCUGCACAGCCCACCUCAUCUUCACGUGAGACUUGGGAGUGACCCCCUGUCUCCCCUGAGUGCCUGGCUUUGCACCCACUCCUCUGUCCCCCACAUACUCCUGCACCCAGGAGGAUUUCUUUCCUAUAGCACAUCCGGGCAGGGCACCAGGGCUCCGGAGGAGCGAGGAGUCAGGCCACGUGUCCCAGACCCGGAGGCGGCCAUGGGGGCCCGUGGUGUUGUGACCGACGCCAACACCUCGUCCAGCCUUGAUAGCAACACCACGGGCAUCACGGCCUUCUCCAUGCCCGGCUGGCAGCUGGCCCUGUGGGCCACCGCGUACCUGGCCCUGGUGUUGGUGGCCGUGACGGGCAAUGCCACGGUCAUCUGGAUCAUCCUGGCCCAUCAGAGAAUGCGCACAGUCACCAACUACUUCAUUGUCAACCUGGCCCUGGCUGACCUCUGCAUGGCCGCCUUCAACGCCACCUUCAACUUCGUCUACGCGAGCCACAACAUCUGGUACUUCGGCCGUGCCUUCUGCUACUUCCAGAACCUCUUCCCCAUCACGGCCACGUUCGUCAGCAUCUACUCCAUGACCGCCAUCGCCAUUGACAGGUACGUGGCCAUCGUCCACCCCUUCCGGCCGCGGCUCUCGGCCCCCCACACCAGAGCGGUGAUUGUGGGCAUCUGGCUGCUGGCCCUGGCCCUCGCCUUCCCCCAGUGCUUCUACUCCGCCGUCACCACGGACCAGGGCGCCACCAAGUGUGCGGUGGUCUGGCCCGAAGACAACGGCAGCAAGAUGCUCCUUCUGUACCACCUCGUGGUGAUCGCCCUCAUCUACGUGCUGCCUCUCGUGGUGAUGCUCCUCGCCUACAGUGUCAUCGGCCUCACGCUCUGGAGACGCGAGGUUCCCAGGCACCAGGUGCACUGCGCCAGCCUGCGCCACCUGCGGGCCAAGAGGAAGUUCGUGAAGACCAUGGUGCUGGUGGUGGUGACGUUUGCCAUCUGCUGGCUGCCCUACCACUUCUACUUCAUCCUGGGCAGCUUCCAGGAGGACAUCUACUACCACAAGUUCAUCCAGCAGGUGUACCUGGCGCUCUUCUGGCUGGCCAUGAGCUCCACCAUGUACAAUCCCAUCAUCUACUGCUGCCUCAACCACAGGUUUCGCUCUGGAUUCCGGCUUGCUUUCCCUUGCUGCCCGUGGGUCACACCGACUGAGGAAGAUAAGAUUGGGCUGACUCACACUCCAUCCCUUUCUAGGAGGGUCAACAGGUGUCACACUAAAGAGACUUCUUUCAUGGCUGGGGAUACUGCCCCCUCUCAGGCUACCAAUGGGCAGGCCAGGGGUCCCCAAGAUGGGGUACCUACUGAACCCUGAAGCCUUGUGCCUGGCACCCUUGGAGGAGUAGCCAGUUGAGAGGUCCAGAUCUAGAAGUUUGACCCAUGCCCCAGGCUUCAGUACAUCAAUGGAAAAACAAGAUGGGGCCAGGAGCUCUGCAAGUGGAUGCUAACUCUAAGAGGGCCCAGCCGCCCCUCUGACAGGGCUUCACAGCAACAAGAGUCCAAGAAGAGAGUGUGAGCUAACACUUAUCUCAUCCAGGAGUCACAAACAGGGAUGGCUUCCUGGGGCAUACAACCUGAUGAGUGCCUUCCAGCGUUGGGGUAACAGGCAACGGGGGGAAGAGGAGGGCGUACGCAUGCAAAGGGGACAGCAGCUGACCAGCUCUGGACAAAUGUCAUGAGUUAAUGGGUGCCCACCAUUGUCAGAUCUUAUGGAUCUUUCAAGACACGCCAGAAAUCCAAAUUUGUGAGACUUCCAGACUUGUUCCAUUUGGCUCACAUUUUUAUAAAUAUUGGUUAGACCAAACAGAACACACCUGGGGACAGCACCCAACCAUGGUACUGAUUUAUUAUCAGGCUAAAGACACAGGGAGGGAGCUUCUUAUUUUGCAAAGCCCAUCACCUGUGAGUCGACCCCGGGCUUCUGUGCUUCGGCAUCUAACUCAGACCCAGCUCAGUGCCCACCGUGGGUAAGAGUCAAAAGGAGCCGCGGCUGCAUUGCCUCGGACAAGUCCCUCUUACCCUCCGCCUCUUCUUCUCCCAGUGACAAAACUGCCUCACAGGGAUGCUGGGAGGAAGACUGAAGUGAGGCCUCUAAACUAGCGUCAAGGGCUGAAUAACCAGUAGGCAUGAUUCUUAUCCCCGCCAAGCCAGCCGUGUUAUGCGGACGCCUCCAGGACACGAGCAGCGGGGGUCACGCUCACUCUGGCAGCGGGCAGGGGGCGGGCAGGGAACGCCAAGCAUCUCGACUCCCGGAGAGCUCUGGGCCUGGCCCGGUGCACCGCAAGGACACCCUUCUCCCUGACCGCCGCCUCACCCUCACCGCCACCUCACCGUGCGCCCCAUUUGCCCCUCCAGAAGAACCACGUGACACUAUAAAUGUACGGCAAGAGGGGCGUCUGCCUUCGGCUCGGGUCAUGAUCCCAGGGUCCUGGGAUCGAGCCCCACAUUGGGCUCCCUGCUCCGCGGGAAGCCUGCUUCUCCCUCUCCCACUCUCCCUGCUUGUGUUCCCUCUCUCGCUGUGUCUCUCUCUGUCAAAUAAAUAA